AUGGCUGGCGUCAUGCAGGUGACCCCGAUGCGAAACACCCUGUUCGGCUGCAUGGAUGAUUGCGGCGAUUGCGUCCACGCCGCGUGCUGCACGCCCUGUCACCUCGGGACGGUGGCCCAACGCUCGGGGGCGGGUGAUUGCUACGGCACCUGCCUGGUCGGUUACGUCCUCGGAUGCGUGUACCCGUGCUACGCCAAGGGAAUCCUGCAAAACGCGCUGUACCGCGUCGGGGUGAAUCAACCGAUCGGGUGCUUUGAGUGCUGCUGUUGCACGCCGUGCUUGCAGUGCCAAGUGAGCCGAGAGGUGAACGAAAGGCAAGCCGCGGCGGCGGUGGCCGGACCGACGAGCGGGCAACCGCAGGUCAUCGUCGUGCAGGCGCCGCCGGCGCAGUACGUCGCGCGAUAG